AUGACGGUCAGGCUCCUGAUUGCCAAGACCAGAGUGGUACCGGUCAAGCGGCCUUCGAUACCUCGUCUGGAGCUCUGCGGCGCGGUCCUCCUCGCUCGACUCAUGCGCAGCACCGCCCGGGCACUGGGUCUUGAACAUGUCCCAGCCUUUGCGUGGACGGAUGCCACCGUUGCGCUGGCGUGGAUCCGGUCCCAUCCGGCGCGCUGGAAGCCCUUUGUCGCGCAUCGAGUGGCGGAGGUGCAGGAUCUUGUGCCUCCUGAGCGAUGGAGGUACGUGCCGACCGGGGACAACCCGGCCGACGCGGCCACACGAGGCAUAUCUCCUGCGACCCUGGCGGACCUCCACAACUGGUGGUCUGGACCACCUUGGCUCUCCGAGCCGGACUACGCGGUCCCCGAGCCGAGCCAGCCCGAUCAUGGUGUCGUGGAGGAGGAACUCCGGCCAAGGGCGACCCUCAUUGCGAGGCCGGAGGAGCCGAACGACGUACUACGCCGUUACUCCAGUCUUGACCGACUGCUGCGAGUAUCAGCAAUCUGCUUCAGGUUCCUCUACAACGCACAACACCCUCAAGGAAGGCGGACGGGCUUCCUGACGGCAGCCGAGCUGACCUCGGCUCGCAACCGGUGGGUGCGGAUCGCUCAGGCCGAGGACUUCUCCGAGGAGCUGGCCCGCCUCCGAAGCGAGCAGCGAUGUCCGGUGCGGUCACCCCUGCUACCUCUCCGCCCUAUCCUGGACCGGGACGGCCUGCUGCGAGUGGGGGGAUGCCUGCAGGAGGCGCUUCUUCCGUUCGCCGAGAAGCACCUGCUCAUCCUCGUGAAGGAGAACUAUCUCUCGCUCCUCCUGGUGCGAGAGGCUCACGCCAAUUCGCUGCACGGAGGACCGCAGCUGACCCGUAGUCUGCUCCUGAGGCGUUAUUGGAUCCUGCGAGCGAAUUCGCUGGUCCGGUCGGUCAUUCACGGCUGCCUGCGCUGUACUCGAUUCCGAGGUGCCACCGCAGAGCAGCAGAUGGGCCAAUUGCCGGCGGAGCGCGCGCGACCCGGCCGCCCCUUCUCCACUGCUGGAGUGGAUUACGCCGGCCCUGUGCCCCUCCGAACCUCUAAAGGACGCGGCCACAAGGCCAUUAAAGGAUAUAUAUGUCAAAUAUGUCUAUUUGUGUGUCUGUCGUCCAAGGCGCUUCACUUGGAAGCGGUCUCUGAUCUCUCCUCCGCCUCAUUUUUAGCCGCCUUCAGAAGGUUCAUCUCCCGACGAGGUCACUGCCGGCGCCUCCUGAGCGACAACGGGACGAAUUUCCGAGGCGCCGACAGGGAACUCAGAGGCAUGUUCCGCGCAGCGUCCGAGUUCUACAAGGAGUGUGCAUCGAGCCUCGCCAUCGACGGUACGGACUGGGCCUUCAUACCGCCUGGCGCUCCUCACUUCGGAGGCCUUUGGGAGGCCGGCGUCAAGGCCGUGAAAUACCAUCUGCGACGCAUCGUCGGGGAUACCUGCCUCACCUUCGAGGAGAUGGCCACCUUGUUGGCCCAGAUUGAGGCCUGCCUCAACUCCCGGCCGCUGUAUGCGCUCAGCAACGACCCUUCGGACCUUGUAGCGCUUACACCGGGGCACCUUCUGGUCGGGGAACCGUUGGCGGCUAUACCGGAGUCUCCGCACGCCGAACACAAUCAUGGCGGACUAGCGACGCGCUGGGCGCUGACGUCUGCCAUGCGGGACCAGUUCUGGCGCAGAUGGUCAAAUGAGUACCUCCAUCAUCUGCAGCAGCUGAAACGUUGGAGGAGACAGGCGCCCAAUAUAGCCGUAGGUGACUUGGUUCUGCUCAAGCACGAGUUGCAGCCUCCGACGAAGUGGGCGCUGGGAGGUGCUACCGGUGCGGUGAGACCGGUCACACCUCCCGCGAUUGCCGGUCUGCCCCCAAGUGCCCGCUGUGCGCGGACAAGGGCAGACGCACGUUCUGGGCGCAAAGACUUGCGCCCAGAAAAACGUGCGCGGGAGGCCACCGGAGCGGCGCAUCCUGGAGCAAGCGCCAGCAUCCGGUGA